AUGAAGAAGAUAACAACAUCAACGGUUAUUGGUAGCAAGAGGAAAGUACAAUCGAAUGGAAAAGGUAAUGUUGAUACUUCAAGUCAGUUUAACCAGCUUUCCAAUAAAAUUAGUGCACAAGAAUGUAAUACAUCAUCAUUCCACAUUCGAGACCUGAGUAGAGAUUUUGAAGAGGCUGCAGUAACAGUCAUCGACUCUGAUGAAUACGCUGAUUUGGGUGACGCGCUUCAUUGCUGUGAAUAUUGUUCUGCACUAUUUUGGAAAGACAACAAUCAAUCAAAUUUACAUGUUGACGUUGUUUCUGACAUUCAAGAAGCUCUGGAUGAAAACAAUGUGUUAGUGAAGUCCUUCCGUAAUGCUAAGUCUCAUAUUGAAGCUAACCCACAAUUGGAGAUUAAAAUGAGGCUAAUUGGUAGAAGAUCUACAGAUGCAAGAAUUUAUAAUUUACCCACGGUUUCAGAGGUUGCGGCAUUGAUUGUGGGAGACUUAGAUCUAUCUAUAGGUGAACGUGAUAUAUUGGUUGAGUCUCAAUCUGGUCAAUUAAAAAGGAUAAGUGAAUUGAACCCUGCUUACUUGCCAUUGCAAUAUCCACUAUUAUUCCCAUACGGAGAAGAUGGUUAUAGGGAGGAUAUCCAAUUUGCUGGACAAUAUGCAAAUAAACAAGGGGGUAGGCAACGUAUAUCACCGAGAGAGUACUUUGCUUUUAGGAUGCAUGAUAGAAUAAGUGAGGUAUCAACCUUACUUUAUGCUAAACGACUCUUUCAACAAUAUUUAGUGGAUGCAUACACCAUGGUGGAAUCUGGUAGGCUUAUUUUCAUAAGGACACACCAAAAAACUUUGAGAUGUGAAGCUUACAAAGGUUUGUCAGAUGCGUUGACACGAGGAGAGAUACAACCUAGCACACAAGGGAAGCGUAUAAUUUUACCAUCAAGUUUUACUGGUGGUGCUAGGUAUAUGAUUCAGAAUUACCAGGAUGCAAUGGCCAUAUGUCGGUGGAUAGGAUAUCCAAAUUUAUUCAUUACAUUUACAUAUAACCCGAAGUGGCCUGAGAUUAAACGUUUCAUGGAAACCCGGGACCUGAGGGCUGAAGAUAGGCCUGACAUUGUUUGUAGGGUAUUUAAAAUGAAAUUAGACGCUCUAAUCAAAGAUUUGAGAGAAGGUGAUGUGUUCGGUGCAGUUAAGGCAGUUGUUUACACCAUAGAAUUCCAAAAACGUGGCUUACCACAUGCACACAUUUUGCUGUUUCUAGCAAAAAAGGAACAAACAAGUUCAGUGGAAUUCAUGGAUUCAAUUAUAUCAGCAGAGAUACCUUGCAAAGACUUGGAUCCACAAUACCAUGAUGCAGUGCAAGAAUUCAUGGUACAUGGGCCAUGUGGUAGUGUUAGGAAGCAAUCUCCUUGCAUGGUAAAUGGGAAAUGCUCCAAGUACUUUCCCAAGAAGUUUGUUGAUUGUUCCAGCUUUGAUGAUGAUGGCUAUCCAAUAUAUAGGCGUCGCGAUGAUGGUUUAACAAUCCAAAAAAAUGGAAUUCACUUGGAUAGCAGGUAUGUUGUACCACACAAUAGAUAUUUGCUUCUAAAAUACAAGGCACAUUUAAAUGUGGAGUGGUGUAAUCAAUCAAGGUCUAUCAAAUACCUAUUCAAGUAUGUGAAUAAAGGUAAUGACCGUGUUACUGCAGAGUUUUAUAAAAGUACGACGGACGAACAUGGCAAUGAAGUCAUAGAUGAGAUCAAUAUGUACUAUGAUUGUCGAUACGUUUCUUCGUGUGAAGCUUCAUGGCGUCUGUUGAGUUUUGAUGUGCAGUACAGGACGCCAGCUGUUGAGAGACUAAGCUUUCACCUUCCAGAUUGUCAGUCGAUUAUUUUUGAAGAUGAUGAUACCGUCGACAAUGUUUUAAAUCGACAUACUGUUGGUCAAAGUAUGUUCAGUGGGUGGUUUGAAGCGAACCAAAAAUAUGCAGAUGCAAGGUUAUUAACCUAUAUUGAGAUGCCGACUAAAUUCGUUUGGAAAAAGGAUUUAAGAGAGUGGCAUCCAAGAAAGAAAGGUUUCUCAAUUGGUCGCAUCUUUUAUGUUCCACCUGGUACUGGUGAAUUAUAUUAUUUGAGAUGCCUUCUUAAUAUAGUUCGUGGUCCUACGAGUUUUGAAGAAAUACGCACAUUUAAUGGGGUCGUGCAUAACUCUUUUAGAGAUGCGUGUUAUGCACGUGGCUUAUUAGAAGAUGAUAGAGAGUACAUUGAUGCAAUUGAAGAGGCGAGUCAUUGGUCAUCUGCGCACUCAUUGAGAAAAUUAUUUGUUACAUUGUUGAUAUCUAAUUCUUUUAAUCGGCCAGAAAUUGUUUGGAAUGAUGUGUGGCUUUAUCUUUCUGAUGAUGUACAAUUCAACCAACGGAAAUUGCUUUCUCAACCAGAUCUCAUUUUAACAGAUGAUGAGAAGAAAAAUCUAGGUUUAAUGGAAUUGGAAAAGUUGUUAAAAGUAUACAAUAGAUCUCUAAAAGAUUUCCCUACAAUGCCAAUUCCGAGUUUAGAUGAUUCACGUUUAAAUGUGAAUCGAUUGUUGUUUGAAGAGUUAUCGUAUGAUCGUGAAGCCCUUGCAGAAGAGGCCACUACCUUGACAAAUCAAAUGACUGAUGAACAAAGAAUUGUAUUUGAUACAAUAACUGAAGAUGUUUCAACUAAUGGUGGUGGUCUAUUUUUUGUAUACGGGUACGGUGGAACGGGGAAGACAUUUUUAUGGCGAGCUUUAUCUGCCACAUUGCGGUCUAAAGGUGAUAUUGUCAUCAAUGUUGCAUCGAGUGGAAUUGCUUCACUACUCCUACCAGGUGGAAGAACUGCACACUCAAGAUUUGCAAUACCCAUAUCUAUCAAUGAGGACUCAACAUGUAAUAUUAAACCAGGUAGCGAUCUUGCUGAGUUAAUUUUGAAGACAAAGUUAAUAAUUUGGGAUGAAGCACCAAUGAUGCACAAGCAUUGUUUUGAAGCCUUGGAUAGAACAUUAAGAGACUUAUUAAGAUUUUCUAAUCCUUCAAGCGCAAAUGAUACUUUUAGUGGCAAAACUGUGGUUUUAGGUGGAGAUUUUAGGCAGAUCUUGCCGGUGAUUCCAAAAGGUACAAGGCAAGACAUUGUUGGAGCGACUAUAAACUCUUCUUAUCUUUGGAGUAGUUGUAGAGUUCUAAGGCUGACUAAGAAUCUCCGUUUGCAUCAAAUUGAUUCUGAUGAAGAAAUGCAACAAGUUGCACAGUUUGCUAAUUGGAUUGCCGAUAUUGGUGAUGGUACAAUUGAUGGGUCAAAUGAAGAUUGUCCUGAUAUUGAAAUUCCGAAAGAGUUGUUGUUGGAACCAAAUGGUGACCCUAUUGCCACGAUCGUGGAUAGUACAUUCCCAAUGUUCAAGAAUGGAACUUGUGACAACACUUUUUUAGAAAAGCGUGCAAUUUUGGCACCUACACUUGAUGUUGUUAAUUCCAUUAAUGAAUACAUGAGUAACAUACAUGUUGCAGAGAGCAGAACUUACCUUAGUUGCGACACUGUAUGUCGAACUGAGUCUAAUAAUGGCAUUCUGGCAGAUGUGCACACACCGGAGUUCCUAAAUGGGUUGCGAGUAUCUGGCAUUCCUAACCAUUCUUUGGCGUUAAAGGUGGGUUCACCUGUGAUGUUAUUGAGGAAUAUAGAUCACACACUUGGUUUAUGCAAUGGAACUAGGCUGAUAGUAACCAGGUUGUCAGAACAUGUCAUAGAGGCCAAACUAAUGUCAGUAUAA